CGCAGUUAUAAAUUGAUGAUUCCCUCGUCCCUCCAUCCAUCUUCUCCAUCUUCUCCAUCAUUCAUCUUUCAUCAUCCAUAAUAGCAACCACCACAUCCAAACGAAGCAUUUCCAAGCAAUCCAUAUACAACACCAAAAUGAGCACCCUCAACAAGUCCUUCACCCUAACCAUCGGCGGCACCCCCAUCUCAAAGCCCUUCGAAACAAACGAAUCUCGCACUUACGCCAUAGUCGGCUCCGUUGAGCCAGCCGUCUUCACCCUCAACGAUGGCCUCCUCGAGUCCGGCGACUUCUUCCUCGGACGACACCUAGUCGAAGACCGAAGCCUGCUUCCUAAGCCUUUAUUCUGGUUCCCAAAGGGAGGCGAGGACAAGGAGUAUAUUCAUCGGACUGAGGUGGAGGAGCUGGAGGAUGAUCACCUUCAGGUGAAGAAUGGGGGUGCCCAUUUAUUUGUUGACGAAGGUAGGAUUUAUGCUAAUUUGUUGGGAGAUGAUAUCCCGUCUAUUCGGGUUAACUGGCUGUGAGAUGUGAUUGCUCUCCGAGGGUCUGCAUAUGGGUGGGAUUGUUUAUAUUCAAACGAAAUUUCCCUGUUGCAUAUGAUAUCUAUUGGACACUUUGCUAUAGAUGCUCGACUUGAAAUAAUUUGAUAGCCGUGGAUUCUAUUGUGGCUUUGGUGUUUUCUUUUGUCUGAUAGAUGUCCUUACAACCUCUAGAUUUCUUCCGUUGAUCAACCUAAAUAUAAACCUAAAUAUAAACCACAACGACUUCUAAAACAAUUCAAAUGAAAACAGUCUAAUAUAAAAUCUACUC